CAAUGUGUGUGUGGCUGAGUAAAGCCACCUCCUGCAUCACCUGAAAAGAGCUUCUUCAUCAUCACCUUGAAGUCACAGAUGAAGUCCUUCGUCUUCUGUUUCAUCAUGCUGUUCACAGCUAUGGCAGCAACAUUGGCCAAGACAUUGCCAUCCAGCUCUGGCCAGGGCACUGUGGAUCAGACCUUUGGAAAACUGGCUGGUAAAACAGAAUAUGAUGCUGUUCAAAUCUUUAUAUGCCCAUGUGGACAAAGCAUCUCCACCAUCUCUAGUGACCACAGCAAUCACCAUGAAGACAGACAUUUCAAUAUGAGCUGCAAGCCCACCGCCGCCUCCAACCCUCCCUGCUAUGUAUCCAAUUUUGUUAACAACUUCGAUGAGUCCUUUGUCUUCACCUGUCCCGAGAAUGAUGUCUUAGCAGGGAUUUUCAGCUACCACAGCAACCACUAUGAGGACCGCCGCUUUGCUUUCUACUGCUGCUCGGCAACAAUCCAGUUCUCCGGCUGUGCCUGGACCCCGUACCUGAACAACUUUGACCAGACGUUCAGCUACCACACCCUUAGCGACCAAUACAUUGCUGGAAUGAGUGCUUACCAUCGCGACAAUUAUGAGGAUCGACGCUUUCGGCUUUACAUCUGUCAAAAGCAAUAAAAUAUGAUGCCUUUGGAGAUGCACAAAGAAAGAGGAAGGAUGUCAACUAAUGAGAACAGCAAAUGUUUUACACACACACACACACACACACACACACACACACACACACACACACACUGGAGUCUGUCUCACUUGGUUCCUCAUUACAGCUUACAAAAAUAAAAUGGAAUGUCCGCACGCAUGUCGCUGCGGUUUUGCUUUUUUUUUUUUUUAUUGCUCAGAGCUAUUCAAAGCAUAUAACCCAGACUUGUUCACUUACAGUUAAAAAAAAGCAAAAAUGGACUGAGUGUGGACAUUUCACUUGAUUUUCAUAUUUGUUCAUUCCUUCUGUCCUGCAUCCGAAUUUUGGAUGUGCACACCACUACAUUUUUUUUAUGUCAGUGCAGUCUAGGUGUCCUUUCCCCUUAAAAAACAAAUUAAUUUCGAUCAUGUGGUCAUGGUUGCUUCACAUCUCCCAGAUCUUCAUAUGUUUUAAUAAUUAGUCACAGCUGGUGGGUGAGGUCAGUGAAAAUAUACAAUUCUACGUAGCCUACUCAUGUAGCUUAAUAUGUACAAGGAUGUUGUUACAAAUAAACUAUGUGGAGAAUACUGUAAAUGUUGUAAUUUUGGGGGCUUUCAUUCCACACUGUCACAAAAAAAUCUAUUUCCGCAGAUGUGGGGUUCAUAACUGGUCAACAGAUCUGUGAAAAAAAAACUGUUUAAGCUUCUUCAUUUACUCUUUUAGCAUAUCCUUUACAAGGGUGUGGGAUACAAAUAAACUAGUUGUCAUCUUAUAACUCAUUUUUGUAA